CUCCGGUGCGCUCAGUCGCUCCCCUGGCAUUCUCUCGACUGCGAUAGACCACCGCAGACGACAGCGCCGCAGAACGUACGCACCAUCGUCAACGGCGGUCUACCUUCUGCUCGAGACCUCGGGCGCUGUACGUAUUCCGAAUACGCAGACCAAGCGCCUUGGAAGGGCUUUUCCGAAUAUUCCUUCGCGCGCGCUGACAGGCCUCCGAAUGAGAAGCUCGCGCUCCGAAUACGACGCUCGAUGAGAAAGACAUCCAUAUAGAGAACAAGGGUCGCCUUAUUUGCCUCAAAGGCGCACGCAGAAGCGCUUGAUGUCGUGCUUGAGGGCGAAGAUGGUGAAUGCCGGGGAUCUGCGGUGUACUUUUGAAUUUUAAUUCACACCCUGGGGGAUAUCCUUCUGCUUACUUCACGGUCGAAACACUUCAGCAACGGCUACUACCUAGUUUUCGACCUGCGCUCAGAGUCGAAGGCCCUGUAUCAUCUGGCGAGGUGAAUGUUAUCUGCUGCACCUCUUCAUUCGCUAUUUGCGUCGCUAUACCUCUAUCGGAUGGCUGUCCUCAGCGGUGAGCACCUACCAUUGUCCAUUGUUCACUUCAUUCCUGAUCCGCCCCGGACCCGGGUUGGGUCCGGGCUUCACGGCGUCACCUAUCCUUAAGCUAGAGUAUCCUGC